UACAGAAGCUGCACCGUCUCUGAAUGACUGCACUGUGAUCUUCGGGUAGUUGUAUUCAAUCUAGGAGGCUCACCGAAAGAUUUUAUUAUGGGUCUAACUAUCGAUCCGUACUAUCAAAAACUGCAGCAAUGGUACAAAUCAAACGCCGCGACACUGAACAUGCGGCAGAUGUUCGAGGCGGACAAGGACAGGUUCUCAAAAUUCAGUGCAACCCUUGAGACAGAUGAUGGGGACAUACUCUUGGAUUAUUCUAAAAACCUUAUCACUGAAGAAGUUAUGAAGAUGCUGUUUGACAUGGCAAGGUCCGUGGGAGUGGAAGCAGCCAGGGAGCAGAUGUUUUCUGGUGAGAAGAUCAACUUUACAGAGGGCCGAGCUGUUCUCCACAUCGCCUUGAGGAACCGGGCUAACACUCCUAUCGUGGUGGAUGGAAAAGAUGUCAUGCCUGAGGUGAACCGAGUUCUGGAGAAAAUGAAGGGCUUCUGCCAUAGAGUGCGCAGUGGAGCCUGGAAAGGCUUCAAUGGUAAGGCCAUCACUGAUGUGGUCAACAUUGGCAUUGGAGGAUCUGACCUGGGGCCUUUGAUGGUGACGGAGGCUCUGAAGCCAUACUCUAAGGGGGGCCCCAACGUGUGGUUCGUCUCCAACAUUGAUGGAACACACAUGGCAAAGACUUUGGCACAGCUGAAUGCUGAAACCACUCUCUUCAUCAUCGCCUCCAAGACUUUCACUACUCAGGAGACCAUUACUAAUGCUGAGUCUGCCAAGGAGUGGUUCUUAAAGACUGCCAAUGAUACCUCUGCUGUGGCCAAGCAUUUUGUUGCUCUCUCCACCAACGCACCCAAAGUGAGGGACUUCGGUAUCGACACUAACAACAUGUUUGAAUUCUGGGAUUGGGUCGGUGGGCGUUACUCGCUGUGGUCUGCUAUUGGUUUAUCUAUCGCUCUGCACGUAGGAUUUGAUAACUUCGAGCAGCUACUUGCAGGUGCCCACUGGAUGGAUCAGCACUUCUGUUCUGCUCCGCUCGAGCAGAACGCCCCAGUGCUGCUAGCCCUGUUAGGUGUCUGGUACGUCAACUUCUUCCAGGCUGAGACGCAUGCCAUGUUGCCCUACGACCAGUACAUGCACCGCUUUGCUGCCUAUUUUCAACAGGGUGACAUGGAGUCAAAUGGAAAGUACAUCACCAAGAGUGGCACCCGUGUGAACUACCACACUGGACCCAUUGUUUGGGGGGAGCCGGGUACCAAUGGCCAGCAUGCUUUCUAUCAACUCAUUCACCAAGGGACUCGUAUGAUUCCUGCUGACUUUCUCAUACCUGCCCAGUCUCAGCAUCCAAUCAGAGAUAAUCUGCAUCAUAAGAUAUUGAUGGCAAACUUCCUGGCUCAGACGGAGGCUCUGAUGAAGGGCAAGACCUCAGAAGAGGCCAGAAAGGAGCUGGAGGCUUCUGGCAUGAGUGGGGAUGCCCUGGACAAACUCCUGCCCCAUAAAGUAUUCCAAGGAAACAAGCCAAGCAACUCCAUAAUUUUCAAAAAACUGACUCCAUUUAUGCUGGGAGCUUUAGUUGCCAUGUAUGAGCACAAAAUCUUUGUGCAAGGUGUGUUGUGGAAUAUCAACAGUUAUGACCAGUGGGGUGUGGAGCUGGGGAAACAGUUGGCUAAGAAGAUAGAGCCCGAGCUUCAGGAUGAUUCUGAAGUCCACACUCACGACUCCUCUACAAAUGGGCUUAUCACCUUCUUCAAGAAAAACCGCACCUAAACACCCACACUGCCUCUACUCGUGGAGAUGAUCAGUGGUUUACAUGUUAUGCCCUGUAACAUAAUCCAGGCUUGGUAGGCUUAAUUUAAGAGGAAGAGCACUUUAAGCGUGUAAGCAUUUGUUGUUUACUUAAAUGUUGUAUAUUGUGAGAUGUAUUCAUAGACCUCCAAACCAGUAUAGGGUGUGUUCAUGUGUUGCAAAUUCAGGAAUGCUGUAACUUGCCCCCACCUUCCAUUUGAAUAGCCAUCAUCCAUAGAGCAAAAUAAAGAUCUUAUUUGUCACCACA